AAAAUCUCUAUACUUGAUUUGAAGAAGCCUUGAAAUUAAACAAGUAACCAAGCAGACUGCACCAGUUGGCCCAUCACAAGACUAGAGACAAAAAGUGGUUUUCUAAGUUCCAUAAAUGGCUGAUGACAGCCAGUCAAGUGAUACUCUUCUGCACACUGCUGCAAGCUGUGGGGACUUAGAUGAGGUCAAAGAGCUGUUGAUAACAAAGCAAUAUGAAGUGGACGUCAGAAACUCACACAACCAAACAUCUCUUCAUCUUGCAUGUGCUAAUGGUCAUCUCGAUACAGUUUGGACACUAGCCAAUGACUUUGGUGCUGACAUAGGAGCUAUUGAUAAUGACAGAAAUACACCAUUGCUCUUUGCUGCCAAGAACAAGCAUGUACAGAUAAUUAUCAUGUUACUUCUAUUAUUAAUGUGUGAUAGACGCCUCUCCAACGGAGACUACGUGUCCUGCUCCUUUAGUCGUAGUGAAAUGGAUUCUGAUCACACUAAAAUGUUUGAGGACGUCCUCUUUGAGUAUUACAAUGAUUCUGAAGCUGUGGAGAAAACAAUGCAUCUGAUAAGCAAAUUCUUUGUUAAUUAUAUUAAAUUCAAGGAUUAUAAAGAUGAUGGCUUUAUUACAUUGUUUGUAGCUGCAUCACUUGGUCUCAAAGACUUAAUUAAUCGUUUAGUUACUGACAAUAAAGCGGACCUGAAUAUUAAGGGCUUCUACGGCUUGUCUAUUCUCCACUGUGCCUGUUUUGGGGGACAUGUACUGCUCAUGGACAAUCUUAUUUCAGAACAUCUUAUGGACCUUUCUGUGAAAGAUAACAAUGGGCAAUCAAUUUUAACUUACGCCGUAAUAAAGGGGGCUCCCUAUUCAUACGAUGGUGGUCACAUAGAAGUGAUUGACAAACUGAUGAUGGAAUAUGGCCUCAAUGUCACAUCUAAAGAUAAUGCUGGAAACACACCUCUACACAUUGCAGCCAUGAAAGGACAUGUUGAAGCAGUGAGAUACCUGAUCAAUAAACACAAUGCUGAUGUUGAUGGAACUAAUAAUCAAAACAAUACUCCAUUGAUGAUGGCUGCGCUGAAUGGUCAUGUGGACGUUUUGGAUGUGUUAGUCAAAGAAUUCAACAACGAUUGUCAAGUUCGAGAUUGCGAUGGUGAUACUCUCCUUCACUAUGCAUGCUGGGGUGGUCAUAUAAAACUAAUAGACCAACUUGUGGUAGAUUAUGACCUGGAUCUCACAUCUAAAGAUAAUGAAGGAGACACACCUCUACAUAUUGCAGUCAUAUACGGACAUGUUGAAGUAGUGAGACAACUGAUCAGUAAGCACAACGCUGAUAUUGAAUGUACUAAUAAUCAAAACAGUACUCCAUUGAUGAAAGCUGUGCUGAAUGGUCAUGUGAAUGUUUUGGAUGUGUUAGUCAAAGAAUUCAACAGCUGUUGUCUUGUCCGAGGAUACAAUGGUCUUACACUCCUUCACUCUGCAUGCAUUGGUGGUCAUAUAGAACUGAUAGACAAAAUGGUAAAGGAAUAUGGCCUCGAUCUCGCAGAUAGAGAUAAUGAUGGAGACACACCUCUACAUAUUGCAGCUAUGUCUGGACAUGUUGAAGCAGUGAGACACCUGAUCAGUAAGCACAAUGCUGAUAUUGAAUGCACUAAUGAUAAAAACAGUACUCCAUUGAUGGAAGCUGUGUUGAAUGGUCACGUGGAUGUUUUGGAUGUGUUAGUCAAAGAAUUCAACAAUGAUCGUCAAGUUCGAGAUUGCGAUGGUUGUACUCUCCUUCACUAUGCAUGCUGGGGUGGUCAUAUAGAACUAAUAGACAAACUGGUGAAGGAAUAUGGCCUCGAUCCCACAUCUAAAGAUAAUGAUGGAGACACACCUCUACAUAUUGCAGUCAUGUCAGGAUUCGUUGAAGUAGUGAGACACCUGAUCAGUAAGCACAAUGCUGAUAUUGAUAGCACCAAUAAUAGCAACAACACUCCAUUGAUGCUAGCUGUGCUGAAUGACCAUAUGAAUGUUUUGGAUGCGUUAGUCAAAUUCCGAGGAUACAAUGGUCGUACUCUUCUUCACCAUGCAUGCAUGUAUGGCUAUAUAGAACUAAUAGACAAGCUAGUGAUGAAAUAUGGCCUCGAUUUUAGAGAGGAAGAUGAUGAUGGAAACACACCUCUACAUAUUGCAGCCAAGUACGGACAUGUUGAAGUAGUGAGACACCUGAUCAGUAAGCACAAUGCUGAUAUUGAAUGCACUAAUGAUAAAAACAGUACUCCAUUGAUGGAAGCUGUGUUGAAUGGUCAUGUGGAUGUUUUGGAUGUGUUAGUCAAAGAAUUCAACAACGAUUGUCAAGUUCGAGAUUGCGAUGGUUAUACUCUCCUUCACUAUGCAUGCUGUAGUGGCCAUAUAGAACUAAUAGACAAACUGGUAAUGGAACAUGGCCUCGAUCCCACAUCAAAAGAUGAAGAUGGAGACACACCUCUACAUAUUGCAGCCAAGUACGGACAUGUUGAAGCAGUGAGACACCUGAUCAGUAAGUACAGUGCUGAUAUUGAAUGCACUAAUGAUCAAAACAGUACUCCAUUGAUGGAAGCUGUGUUGAAUGGUCAUGUGGAUGUUUUGGAUGUGUUAGUCAAAGAAUUCAACAACGAUUGUCAAGUUCGAGAUUGCGAUGGUUAUACUCUCCUUCACUAUGCAUGCUGUAGUGGCCAUAUAGAACUAAUAGACAAACUGGUAAUGGAACAUGGCCUCGAUCCCACAUCAAAAGAUGAAGAUGGAGACACACCUCUACAUAUUGCAGCCAAGUACGGACAUGUUGAAGCAGUGAGACACCUGAUCAGUAAGUACAGUGCUGAUAUUGAAUGCACUAAUGAUCAAAACAGUACUCCAUUGAUGGAAGCUGUGUUGAAUGGUCAUGUGGAUGUUUUGGAUGUGUUAGUCAAAGAAUUCAACAACGAUUGUCAAGUUCGAGAUUGCGAUGGUUAUACUCUCCUUCACUAUGCAUGCAUGUAUGGCUAUAUAGAACUAAUAGACAAGCUAGUGAUGGAAUAUGGCCUCGAUUUUAGAGAGGAAGAUGAUGAUGGAAACACACCUCUACAUAUUGCAGCCAAGUACGGACAUGUUGAAGUAGUGAGACACCUGAUCAGUAAGCACAAUGCUGAUAUUGAAUGCACUAAUGAUCAAAACAGUACUCCAUUGAUGGAAGCUGUGUUGAAUGGUCAUGUGGAUGUUUUGGAUGUGUUAGUCAAAGAAUUCAACAACGAUUGUCAAGUUCGAGAUUGCGAUGGUUAUACUCUCCUUCACUAUGCAUGCUGUAGUGGCCAUAUAGAACUAAUAGACAAACUGGUAAUGGAACAUGGCCUCGAUCCCACAUCAAAAGAUGAAGAUGGAGACACACCUCUACAUAUUGCAGCCAAGUACGGACAUGUUGAAGCAGUGAGACACCUGAUCAGUAAGUACAGUGCUGAUAUUGAUAGCACCAAUAAUAGCAACAACACUCCAUUGACGCUAGCUGUGCUGAAUGACCAUGUGAAUGUUUUGGAUGCGUUAGUCGAAUUCCAAGGAUACAAUGGUCUUACUCUUCUUCACCAUGCAUGCACAUAUGGCUAUAUAGAACUAAUAGACAAGCUGGUGAAUGAAUAUGGCCUCGAUUUCAGAGAUGGAAACACACCUCUACAUAUUGCAGCCAUAUACGGACAUGUUGAAGUAGUGAGACACCUGAUCAGUAAGCACAAUGCUGAUAUUGAAUGCACUAAUGAUAAAAACAGUACUCCAUUGAUGGAAGCUGUGUUGAAUGGUCAUGUGGAUGUUUUGGAUGUGUUAGUCAAAGAAUUCAACAACGAUUGUCAAGUUCGAGAUUGCGAUGGUUAUACUCUCCUUCACUAUGCAUGCUGUAGUGGCCAUAUAGAACUAAUAGACAAACUGGUAAUGGAACAUGGCCUCGAUCCCACAUCAAAAGAUGAAGAUGGAGACACACCUCUACAUAUUGCAGCCAAGUACGGACAUGUUGAAGCAGUGAGACACCUGAUCAGUAAGUACAGUGCUGAUAUUGAUAGCACCAAUAAUAGCAACAACACUCCAUUGACGCUAGCUGUGCUGAAUGACCAUGUGAAUGUUUUGGAUGCGUUAGUCGAAUUUCAAGGAUACAAUGGUCGUACUCUUCUUCACCAUGCAUGCACAUAUGGCUAUAUAGAACUAAUAGACAAGCUGGUGAUAGAAUAUGGCCUCGAUUUCAGAGAGGAAGAUGAUGAUGGAAACACACCUCUACAUAUUGCAGCCAUUUACGGACAUGUUGAAGUAGUGAGACACCUGAUCAGUAAGCACAAUGCUGAUAUUGAAUGCACUAAUAAUCAGAACAGUACUCCAUUGAUUGUAGCUGUGAUGAAUGAUCAUGUGGAUGUUUUGGAUGUGUUAGUCAAAGAAUUCGACAAUGAUAGUCAAGUUCGAGAUUGCGAUGGUCGUACUCUCCUUCACUAUGCAUGCUUGGGUGGUUAUAUAGAACUAAUAGACAAACUGGUGUUGGAAUAUGGCCUCGAUCCCACAUCUAAAGAUAAUGAUGGAGACACACCUCUACAUAUUGCAGUCAUGUCAGGAUUCGUUGAAGUAGUGAGACACCUGAUCAGUAAGCACAAUGCUGAUAUUGAAUGCACCAAUAAUCAGAGUAAUACUCCAUUGUUGCUAGCUGCGCAGACUGGUAAUAUAUAUAUUUUGGACGCGUUAGUCAAAGAAUUCAACAGCUGUUGUCUUGUCCGAGGAUACAAUGGUCUUACACUCCUUCACUCUGCAUGCAUUGGUGGUCGUAUAGAACUGAUAGACAAAAUGGUAAAGGAAUAUGGCCUUGAUCUCGCAGAUAGAGAUGAUGAUGGAGACACACCUCUACAUAUUGCAGCUAUGUUUGGACAUGUUGAAGCAGUGAGACACCUGAUCAGUAAACACAGUGCUGAUAUCAAUUGCACUAAUAGUUUUAACAAUACUCCAUUGAUGGAAGCUGUGUUGAAUGGUCAUGUGGAUGUUUUGGAUGUGUUAGUUAAAGAAUUCAACAACGAUUGUCAAAUUCGAGAUUGCGAUGGUUAUACUCUCCUUCACUAUGCAUGCUAUAGUGGCCAUAUAGAACUGAUAGACAAACUGGUGAUGGAAUAUGGCCUCGAUCCCACAUCUAAAGAUGAAGAUGGAGACACACCUCUACAUAUUGCAGCCAAGUACGGACAUGUUGAAGCAGUGAGACACUUGAUCAGUAAGUACAGUGCUGAUAUUGGUAGCACCAAUAAUAGCAACAGCACUCCAUUGAUGCUAGCUGUGCUGAAUGACCAUGUGAAUGUUUUGAAUGCAUUAGUCAAAGAAUUCCGAGGAUACAAUGGUCGUACUCUUCUUCACCAUGCAUGCACGUAUGGCUAUAUAGAACUAAUAGACAAGCUGGUGAUGAAUUAUGGCCUCAAUCUCAGAGAGGAAGAUAAUGAUGGAAACACACCUCUACAUAUUGCAGCCAUAUACGGACAUGUUGAAGUAGUGAGACACCUGAUCAGUAAGCACAAUGCUGAUUUUGAAUGCACUAAUGAUCAAAACAGUGCUCCAUUGAUGGAAGCUGUUCUGAAUGGUCGUGUGAAUGUUUUGGAUGUGUUAGUCAAAGAAUUCAACAAUGAUUGUCAAGUUCGAGAUUGCGAUGGUUAUAAUCUCCUUCACUAUGCAUGCUUGGGUGGUGAUAUAGAACUAAUAGACCAACUUGUGGUAGAAUAUGACCUCGAUCUCACAUUAAAAGAUAAUGAUGGAAACACACCUCUACAUAUUGCAGCCAAGUACGGACAUGUUGAAACAGUGAGACACCUGAUCAGUAAGCACGGAGCUGAUAUUAACUGCACCAAUAAUGAAAACAACACUGCAAUGAUCCUAGCUGUGGUAAAUGGCCAUGUGCAUGUUUUGGAUGUGUUAGUCAAAGAAUUCAACAGCAGUUUUCAUGUCCGAGGACCCAAUGGUUGUACUCUCCUUCACUAUGCAUGCUAUUGUGGCCAUAUAGAACUAAUAGACAAACUGGUGAUGGAAUAUGGCCUCAAGAUUGCAGAUAGAAAUAAUAAAGGAAACACACCUCUACAUAUUGCAGCCAUGAAAGGACAUGUUGAAGCAGUGAGACACCUGAUCAAUAAGCACAGUGCUGAUAUUGAAUGCACUAAUAAAAAGAACAAUACGCCAUUGAUGCUAGCUGUGCUAAAUGGUUAUGUGCAUGUUUUGGAUGUGUUAGUCAAAGAAUUCAACAGCAGUUUUCAUGUCCGAGGACCCAAUGGUUGUACUCUCCUUCACUAUGCAUGCUAUUGUGGCCAUAUAGAACUAAUAGACAAACUGGUGAUGGAAUAUGGCCUCAAGAUUGCAGAUAGAAAUAAUAAAGGAAACACACCUCUACAUAUUGCAGCCAUGAAAGGACAUGUUGAAGCAGUGAGACACCUGAUCAAUAAGCACAGUGCUGAUAUUGAAUGCACUAAUAAAAAGAACAAUACGCCAUUGAUGCUAGCUGUGCUAAAUGGUUAUGUGGAUGUUUUGGAUGUGUUAGUAUAUGGCCUCAAUAGAAAUAAUAAAGGAAACACAGUUUUUUUUUUGGAUGUUUUGGAUAUGUUAGUCAAAAAAUUCAUCAGCAGUUGUCAUGUCCGAGGAUACAAAGGUCGGACUCUACUUCACCAAUCAUGCAGAUAUGGCCAUAUACAAGUGAUAGACAAGCUGGUAAUGGAACAUGGCCUCGAUCUCAGAGAUGAAGACGAUAGUGGGAACACACCUCUACAUAUUGCAGCCAUGUACGGACAUGUUGAAACAGUGAGACACCUGAUCACUAAGCACAGUGCUAAUGUUGAUUGCACUAACAAGGACAGCAAUACACCGUUGAUGCUAGCUGCAUUGAGGGGUCAUACGCAUGUUUUGGAUGUAUUAGUCAAAGAAUUCAACAGCAGUUUUCGAGAUAGUGAUGGUUAUUCUCUCCUUCACUAUGCAUGCCAGGGUGGCCAUAUAGAACUAAUAGACAAGCUGGUGAUGGAAUAUGGCCUCAAUCCCAUAGAUAGAGAUGAUGCUGGAAACACACCUCUACACAUUGCAGCCAUAUUCGGACACAUUGAAGCAGUGAGACACUUGAUCAGUAAGCACAGUGCUGAUGUUGAUUGUACUAAUAAUGACAACAAUACACCAUUGAUGCUAGCUGUGCUGAAUGUUCAUAUUCCGGUUCUGGAUAUAUUAGUCAAACAAUUUAAGAGCAGUUGCCAUGUCCGAGGAUUGAACAAUUUUACUCUACUUCACUAUGCAUGUCACUAUGACAACAUAAUAGAACUAAUAGAAAAACUUGUUGUAGAAUAUGGCCUCGAUCUCGAAGAUAAAGAUAAUGAUGGUAACACACCUCUACAUAUUGCAGCCAUGUUCGGACAUGUUGAAGUAGUGAAACACCUGAUCAGUAAGCACAGGGCUGAUUUUGAAUGCCCUAAUAAUCAGAAAGGUACUCCAUUGAUGCUAGCUGUGCUGUAUGGUCAUAUUCUUGUUUUGGAUGUGUUAGUCAAAAAAUUCUACAGCAGUCCCCAUGUCCGAGGUUUCAAUGGUUAUACUCUCCUUCAUUAUGCAUGCCAUUGUCACCACAUAGAACUAAUAGACAAACUGGUUGAGGAAUAUGACCUUGAUCUCAGAGAUAGAGAUGAUGAUGGAAACACACCUCUACAUAUUGCAAUCAUGUUCGGACAUGUUAAAACAGUGAGACACCUGAUCAGUAAGCACAAUGCUGAUAUAGAAUGCACUAAUAAUCAUAAGUCUACUCCAUUGAUGUUAGCUGUGCUGAAUGGUCGUACUCUUGUUCUGGAUGUAUUAGUCAAAAAACACAGCAGCAGUCUUCCUGUCCGAGGGUUGAACGAUUUUACUCUCUUUGACUAUGCAUGCCAUUAUGGCAACAUUGAACUAAUAGACAAACUCGUGAUGGAAUAUGGCUUCAAUCUCAGAUAUAGAGAUAAUGAUGGAAACACACCUCUACAUAUCGCAAUCAUGUUUGGACAUGUUGAAGUAGUGAAACACCUGAUCAGUAAGCACAAUGUUGAUAUUGAUUGCACUAAUAAUCAGAAGUCUACUCCAUUGAUGCUAGCUGUGCAGAAUGGUCAUAUUCCUGUUUUGGAUGUAUUAGUCAGAGAAUUCAACAGCAGUCCCCAUGUCCGAGGAUUGAACAAUUUUACUCUCCUGCACUAUGCAUGCCAUUAUGGCCACAUAAUAGAACUAAUAGACAAACUGGUGACGAAAUAUGACCUCGAUGUCACAUCUAAAGAUAAUGAUGGAAACACACCUCUACAUAUUUCAGCCAUAUUCGGACAUGUUGAAACAGUGAGACACCUGAUCAGUAAGCACAAUGCUGAUAUGGAAUGCACUAAAAAUCAGGAGGCUACUCCAUUGAUGGAAGCUGUGCUGAAUGGUCAUGUGCCUGUUUUGGAUGCGUUAGUUAAAGAAUUCAACUGCAGUUGCCAUGUUCGAGGAUACAAUGGUUAUACUCUCCUUCACUAUGCAUGUAAGAGUGGUCAUAUAGAGCUUAUAGACAAACUGGUGUUGGAAUAUGGCCUCGAUCCCACAGAUAGAGACAACAGUGGAGACACACCUCUACAUAUUGCAGCCGCUAAAGGACGUGUUGAAACAGUGAGACACCUGAUCAGCAAGCACAGUGCUGAUAUCGAUUGCACUAAUAAUGAUAACAAUACUCCAUUGAUGCUAGCUGUGCUAAAUGGUCGUGUGAAUGCUUUGGAUACUUUACUCAACAGCAGUGUUCAUGUUCGAGGAUACAAAGGUCGUACUCUCCUUCACUCUGCAUGCGAAAAUGGCCAUAGAGAACUGAUUGACAAACUGGUGAUGGAAUAUAAUCUCAAUCUUGGUGAUAGAGAUGACGAUGGAAACACACCUCUACACAUUGCAGUUACUAGAGGACGUUUUGCAACAGUGAGACAUCUAAUCAGUAAACACAAUGCUGAUAUUGAUUGCACCAAUAAUAGCAAAAAUAGUCCAUUGAUGAUAGCUCUGCUGAACGAUAAUCAUUAUAUUUUGGAUAUGCUAGUCAAAGAGUUUAACAGCAGCCGUUAUGUUCGAAGUUAUACUCUCCUUCACUCUGCGUGCAAACGUGGCCAUAUAAAACUGAUAGAUGAACUAGUGACAAGUUAUAGCCUUGAUCUUGGAGAUAGAGAUGUUGAUGGAAACACACCUCUACAUAUUGCAGUCAUGGCAGGACACAUUGAAACAGUGAGACACCUGAUCAGUAGACACAGUGCUGAUGUUGAUUGUACUAAUAAUCAGAAUAAUACACCAUUGAUGCUAGCUGCACUGAAUGGUCAUAUACAUGUUUUUAUGGCGUUAGUCAAAGACAAUUGUCAUGUCCGAGGAUACAAUGGCUGCACUCUCCUUCACUUAGCAUGCCAUGGUGGCCAUAUAGAACUCAUAGAAAAACUGGUGAUGAACUAUGGCCUGGACCCCACAGGUAGAGAUGAUGAUGGAAAUACACCUCUACAUAUUGCAGCCAUAGAAGGACAUGUUGAAGUAGUGACACACCUGAUUAGUAAACAUGGCGCUGAAAUUGAUUGCACUAAUCACAGUAACAAUAGUCCGUUGAUGCUGGCUGUGCUGAAUGAUCAUGUGGAUGUUUUAGAUGUGCUAGUCAAAGAAUUUAACAGCAGUUGUCAUGUCCGAGGUUAUACUCUCCUUCACUCCGCAUGUGAACAUGGCCAUAUAGAACUGAUAGACAAACUAGUGACAAAGUAUAGCUUUGAUCUCAGCGAUAGAGAUAAUGAUGGAAAAACACCUCUACAUAUUGCAGUCAUGUCCGGACAUGUUGAAGCAGUGAAACACCUGAUCAGUAAGCACAGUGCUGAUAUUGAUUGCACAAAUAAUGAUAACAACACUCCAUUAAUGCUAGCUGUGCGGAAUGGUCAUAUGAAUGUUUUAGAUACUUUAGUCGUAGAAUUCAACAGUAGUUGUCAUGUCCGAGGUUACAAUGGUCGUACUCUACUUCACUAUGCAUGUGAGGGUGGUCAUAUAGAACUGAUAGACAAACUGGUGAUGGAAUAUAACCUCGAUCGUAAAGAUAAAGAUGAUGAUGGAGACACACCUCUACAUAUUGCAGCAAUGUACGGACAUGUUGAAGCAGUGAGACACCUGAUCAGUAAGCACAGUGCUGAUAUUGAAUGCACUAAUAACCAGAAGGCUUCUCCACUAAUAGAAGCUGUGCUAAAUAGUCAUAUUCCUGUUUUGGAUGUUUUAGUCAAAGAAUUCAACAGCAGUCACCAUGUCCGAGGAUUGAACGAUUAUACUCUCCUUCACUAUGCAUGCCAUUGUGGCCACAUAGAACUAAUAGACAAACUGGUGAUGGAGUAUGGCCUCGAUCUCGCUGAUAGAGAUAAUGAUGGUAACACACCUCUACAUAUUGCAGCCAUGUUCGAACAUGUUGAAACAGUGAGACACCUGAUCAGUAAGCUCAGUGCUGAUAUGGAUUGUACUAAUAAUACGAAGCAUACACCAUUGAUGCUGGCUGUACUAAAUGGUCAUGUGUCUGUUUUGGACGCGUUAGUCAAAGAAUUCAACAGCGGUUGUCAUGUCCGAGGAAUUCACGAUUAUACUCUCCUUCACUAUGCAUGCGAGGGUGGCCACAUAGAACUAAUAGACAAACUGGUGAUGGAAUAUGGCCUUGAUCUCGCCGAUAGAGAUAAUGAUGGAAACACACCUCUACAUAUUGCAGCUAUGAAAGAACGUGUUAAAGUAGUGAGACACCUGAUUACUCAGCACAAAGUUGAGACUAAUAUCACUAACAAUAAAAAAUCCACUCCAUUGUGUUUAGCUGCUGAAGAUGGUCAUGAGAUCGUGAUUCAUGCUCUGAUUAAAGAGUUUAAUUGUAGUCCACAUGUCAGAGGCUACAAUGGUCAAACUUUGCUUCAUCAUGCUUGCCAAAAUGGUCACGUGGAAAUAUUGAAUAAAUUGGUAGUCGAGUAUAAGGUAGAUCCAUCAAUCAGAGACAAUGAUGGGAACACACCUCUGCAUAUUUUGUGUAAUACUCAGCAUACUGAAGAAGAGAAGCUGAGAACAAUGCUUUGUAAGUACCAGUACUGGACUGUGUUUCAAGUUAAUAAUGAUGGUAACACACCUCUUCACACAGCAACUCGAUAUGGGCAAGCUUAUUGUGCACGCUUACUCUUGCAGAAAUACAAUGCUCCCCUUUUUGUACGAAAUAUAGAUGGGAAGACUGCCCUUAAUAUAGCUAAAGCUCAGAGAAACCAAGAAAUUAUUACGAUUUUAAAAAAUUCUACUUCAGAAAUCCAAUCAACCUAUCAACAACUAGACAAACUUGCUCAACAAGAGUUUGGUGGUGUAAAGCACCUCACUAGAAUAUUUGUUGUAGGUCAUCCAGGUGCAGGGAAAUCUACCCUUGUUGAGACUAUAAAAAAAGAAGGUUUGAUCAGCUACUUCAGCACAACAACUGUUGCCCCUCACACUGCAGGCAUUGUUCCAAGUACUUAUGACAGUAGUGCUUACGGAAGAAUGAUACUCUAUGAUUUUGCUGGUGAUUCCGAGUACUACUCCUCACAUGCUGCAAUUAUGGAGUCAAUCAACACAUCGAAAGGAAGUAAUAUUUAUUUGAUAGUUUGUGAUUUGAGUAAAGGUAAAGAAGCUACUGCCACUAAAUACAGCUACUGGCUUUCAUUUCUAUCUUACAAUAUUAAACAAUUUUCAAACACAGUUAUCUUACCAGUGGGAAGCCAUGCUGAUGUCAUUAAUAAAGCAUCAGUCGAACAAGUGUUAUGUGAACUUGACAGCGUAUACCAAAAGUUCUGUGGCAGCUCCAACAUUGAUGACUUACACAUAGAACAAAGUGUUGCUCUUGAUUGUCGUAAACGAGGAUCUGUAGUGAAUGACAUAAAGGAGCUUGCAAAGAGAUACUCCCAAAUUGUAUCCCCCAUCGGACUUCCCCCGGAGUCAAGCACACUCUUAGGAUUGUUGAAAAAAGACUUUGAACAUGUCCCAGCUUGCAAAGUAAGCCUCCUUAUCUCUCACAUUGAAGAGACUGGAAUUCCACUGCCACUAAAUUCUUCAUCACUCUACAAUCUCAUAAGAGAGUUACAUGAUUUGGGUCUGCUAAUGGUGAUAGAGAGAGAAGGGGACUCCAUUGAGAACCACAUAAUAAUUCUCAAGAUAUCAACAUUCACAUCGGAUGUACACAAUAAACUGUUUUCAAAGUCUGCUAAAGCGGACCUCACACAAAGCAUAGGUGAACUCAAGCUCAGUGUAGGCAUUAUUCCAGAAUCACUAUUGGAGAAAGUACUGCCAGAGUACAUCACAAAAGAAAGUCUACUUCAGAUGCAGUACUGUCAAGAAAUUGAGAAUUUAUUUGUGGAAGAGGACCACACUUUUUCUCAACUCACUCCUCAAGGACAGAAUGAAAAUAUAGAAAAAUGUCAUCUAUUUUUCCCUGCUCUGUGUGAUGACACGUUUGAGGUCAAGGAAAUUCAAUGGUCUGAAUCUGAAUGUGAGAAGAUUACUUUAGGAUGGCUUGCUAAAUGUGAUUGUGACAGAUUUGACUUCUUCCCAACACGAUUUCUUCAUGUGCUUAUCGUUCAACUCUCUCACAACUUUGCACUAAAACAAGAUCUUCCAAGAAGCCACAGACCAUCAACUACAGCUUCCAAUUCUUUGAUUGCUGAGGUACAUGCUGCCAAUCCUCACUGUCGCGUCUGGUCGACUGGUCUGCAUUGGCUUAUGAAGAAUGGAGUGGAGGUAUUUGUCGAUAUGCCUAGAGACGCUGAUAGUAAAGAACUGAUUGUACUAACAAGAAGUGACGUCCGAGAUCAAGCCAAAUGUUCCAAAACUCUGCAACUAGUUAUUCAAAAGGUAGUUAAAGCAAAAGUUGAUUUUUGUUUUUGUAUAUUGCCUACUGUAUAUCUACUUGAUCCGAUCAACCUUAAGGAUACAACUCCUGCUAAUGCUAGAAACUCACCUAAAUACGCUCUAAGAGAUAUCGAAAAAGUACUAGCAGAAGGCAGCACUGAUGAUAAAGUUGUUGAUAAAGACAGACUAUGCUACUCCACUCCAAUCAAAGAUUGGAUCAGCCAAACAAGAUGGGAGAUAUUCUAUUGGAAUUUAUUGUUUCCGAUGGAUGAGUCCAUGAUUGACUCUGCAUUACAAGGAGUAAAUGAGUGGAAACGGCUAGGAAUGAAUCUUUUGAUUCCCCCAAAGAAAUUUGAUGCCAUUGAAAACGAAGCAUCCUUCCCUGGUGACAUUGCUAAGAAAGAAGAAGUAAUUCGACUGUGGAUGUCUCAGGAACCAACCUGGAAAAUGCUGGUAGAUGCUCUCAGUCAACCUUCAAUUGGAUUGUCCCAGAAAUCAAGUAAAAUCUCACUUGAACACAAUGUGCCUCUACAAGAGAAAAUCCUCGAAAGGAAUUCAUCUCUCCAUCCUGACGAGGACUUUCUCCAAUCAUUUGCUGCCGUCAUUGGCUCUCGAUGGCAGUGUCUCGCUUCUCCCCUCUCCCUCACUUCUGAAGACAUUGUGAGCAUCAAGAGAGAGACAAGAGGAGCAGAGCCGACCAGACAAGCACUCGUUAUGCUGCAGAAGUGGGCAGACAAGGAGACGGCAACUUAUGGUCAGUUGAGAGAGACACUCCGUACACUCUCAGUGUUUCAUAUCUGAGAGUAUCAUGCAUCACAGCACGAAUUUAUGUGUAGCUACUGUAUGUAGAUAAUUAUAACUGUUGUGUCAAUGAACUUCAGAACGCAUGCUUUACCAUAUAAUUUUCUUACUAUUGCACUUUUAAUCUACAUUUUCCUACACUGCCUUGCUAAUAUUAAACAUCUUCGCAUCUUUUUGUUAGCCUUUUAUCAAUUCGUUAGUUAAUUAAUUCUUCCCCCAAGUAAUUUUUGUACUUCAGCUAGAGUUUUAGUGUUGAACAAAAUGUCUGUAACAACUUCAAGAUUGAUGAUUUAAACGAGGAGCUGUGGAUGACAUAAAGAACUACUAUAAGAAUAAUCAUCGUCUAUCAGACUUUCCCUCUCUCCUCGGAUUUUUGAAAAAAGACUUUGAACACGUUCCAGCUUGCAAAGUAAGCCUCCUUAUCUCUCACAUAGAAGAUACUGAAAUUUGGCUCACACCCUAAGACAGUUACUCGCAUCAGAUGUACAAAGUCUGCUAAAGCGGACGUCACCAAUUACAUCGAUCAACUCCAGCUCAGCGUAGGCAUAUACAAAAUCGUUAUACUGCAUGGAAAAGUACUAACAGAAUAUACCACAAGCUGCAGUAUACUGCCAUGAAAUUGAGAAUUUGUAUGUGGAGGACCACAGUCUUUCUCAACUCACUUCAGAACCAGUACCAACUGAGAGUUCCACUAAAGAGAAAUCUCGCCUGAAAUUCUGCUCACACCAGUUACUCAUAUCAGAUGUACCCAUAAUCGUAUGGUUUCAAAUAUUGUCAAAGUCUGCUAAAUUACAUCGAUCAACUCAGGCUCAGCGUGGUCAAGAUUUCCUAAAGCGACGUCUGCAGAUACAAGUGUUUAAGUUAGAGCUAGCCAAGAGCAUCCAUUAUACACGCGUGCUCAUCAGGCAAAGGUACAUCAGGGUGAGGUCAAUAUUACAGAAUCGCUUGCUGGAAAAAAACUACCAGAAUACACCACAAGUUGCAGUACUGCUGAGAAUUUGUACGUGGAAGAGGACCACAGUUCUUCUCAACUCACUUCAGAACCAGUACUAACUGUGAGUGCCACUAUAAAGAGAAAUCUCGUCUGCUUUUUUUGAUCUCUGGGUCAAAGCUUUUCAUGAAAAUAAAGCUUGCCAACAAGCCGCAGUUCUCUAUAAUAACUGAUCCUUCUUCUUCUUUGAUUGCAGAGGUCCAAUCCUCGCUGUCAUGUCUGGUCUACAUGUACUAUACUUGGUAUGUAGGCUUAUGAAUGGAGUGGAUGUAUUCGUUGAUAUGCCUAAAGACGCUGAUAGGCUAAUAGUGAGAAGUGGCAACAAAACAUAAAAUGUGCUAACACUCUGCAUCUAUCUAGUUAUUCAAAAACGAAACAGAAUAUUAUGGAAACAAAAUUGAUUUCUGUACUGCCUUCUGUUUACCUUCUUGAUCCAAGCUAUCUCAAGGAGGAAACUUUUACGAAGGCUAUAUAGAAAUGGACCUAAAUAUGCUCUAAGAGAUAUUGAUAAAGCAUUAGUAGAAGGAACUAAGCAAGUCAUGGAAAGAAGGUCAUUACUUCUCUAUUCUGAUGAAAGAUUGGGUCAUCCCAAAAGAUGGACUACUGGAUCAAGAUAUACCCACAACUCCUAAUGUUGUGCAGGUACUGAAAAUGCCCCACUUCAAUCAAAGAUUGGAUCAGCUCAGAUUUGUUGGUUCCGAUGGAUGAGUCCCUGAUUGACUCUGCUUUAAACUGCUUUGGAGAAUAUUUCAAUCCAUUGGAAUAACGAAGCAUCCUUCCCUGGUGAUAAUUAUUUCCAAGAUAAUUUGACCGUUGGAUUUUCCCCAGAGACAAAUUCUCUUCUGGGAUUGUUGAAAACAACUUUGACUACAUUCCAGCUUGUAAAGUAAGCCUCCUUAUCUCUCACAUAGAAGAUACUGAUAUUCUGCUCACACCCUAAGAGAGUUACUCGCAUCAGAUGUACCUAUAAUCAUAAUAUUAUAUUGUCAAAGUCUGCUAAAGCGGAUGUCACCAAUUACAUCGAUCAACUCAAGCUCAGCGUAGUCAUAAAUUAUUACAGAAUCGCUGCUGCAUGGAAAAAGUACUACCAGAAUAAUUAUACCACAAGCUGCAGUACUGCCACGAAUUUGACAAUUUGUACGUGGAAGAGAACCACAGUCUCAACUCACUUCAGAACCAGUACCAACUAAGGGUGCCACUAAAGAAAAAUCUCGUCUGCUUUUUUAUCUCUGGGUCAAAGCUUUUCAUGAAAACUAAACUUCCCAACAAUUGCAAGCGGAUAACUUCUCAUUUUCUGAUUCUUCUACUGCUAAUAGUUAUUUGAUUCCAGAGGUCCAAUUAUGCUGCCAAUCCUCGCUGUCAUGUGUGGUCGACUGGUCUACAUUGGCUUAUGAAGAACGGAGUGGAGGUAUUUGUCGAUAUGCCUAUAGACGCUGAUAGUGAUAGCGAGAAGUGGCAACAAAAUAUAACACUCUACAACUAGUUGUGGAAACAAAAUUUAUUUCUGUACUGGUAUAGAUAUUGCCUUUUGUUUACCUUCUUAAUCCGAGCAGAAAUGCACCUAAAUAUACUCAAGAGUAUUGAUGAAGCACUGAAAGAACUAAGCAAGUCAUGGGUAUAUCUUACUGGAAUAAGAUCUACCCAGAUACAACUCCUAAUGAUGCGCAGGCACUGAAAAUGCCUCACUUCAAUCAAAGAUUGGAUCAGCUCAGGUGACAUUCUACUGGAGUAAGCAUCAUUCAAACCCAACAUUUAAUUUAUGAGCUUAAUUAUUUCCUUGUACACAUUUGUUUUUCCGAUGAAUGAGUCCCUGAUUGACUCUGCUUUGAACUGCUUACAAGGAUGAAUACUCAUGCAUUGGAAUAACUACUUAAAACAAAACAUCCUGAUUUUGCCAAAUAGUAUAAUUCAACUGGAAAGUCUCAAGAACACACCUGGAAAAUAUUAGUAGAGGUUCUCGCAGUCAACCCACAGGAUUGUCAACAAAACAAUUCAAAUCUCACACGAGCACAACGUGCUUCUACACAGGAAAAGCAUUAUUGAAAGCAAUUAUCUGCAUGUCCGUCCUGACGAUUCCAAUCAUUUGCUGCCAUCAUUGGCUCUCGAUGGCAGUGUCUUACUUCUCCCUUCUCCCUCACUUCUGAAGACAUUGUGAGCAUCAAGAGAGAGACAAGAGGAUCAGAGCCGACCAGACAAGCACUCGUCAUGCUGCAUGGUCAUGCACUUUUCGUGUUCCAUAUCUGUACCACAUUAUGUUAGAUUUAGCUGCAUUCAUUCAAUUGCACUUACAUACUGUAGAUAUAGCUGUUAAAUUCAACACAUGUUUGUGUCGCUGAACUUUCAGAACUCAUGCCUUGCCACUUAAGCAAAAAUUACUUUUACACUUCCAAUCGUUACUUUUUCUACUGUGUAUAUGCAACAUGUUACGUCCUUCAAAAUUAGCACAUUUUUGUUACUACUGUACAGUUAUUCUAAUGUUGUCAAUUCUGACAUGAAUGAAAUGAAUUUUUGC